AUGACUACUACUACUUCAACUCAAACAACUCCGAGGGCUAGUCCUUCUUCAAAUACCUUUAAUAAGUAUGGCAAUAAUUCUAGUAUGAAUGGAAAUAAUCAUCAUCAUCACCCUCAUCAUACUCAUCAUCCUCCUCAUCAUCAUCAUCAAAAAACGCAUAUAAAUUUAUCAAAAUCUCCAUCACCAAUACUACAUAACUCAAAUUUAAACUCAAAUUAUAGACCACGUUCGUCAACUUCAUCCGAACAUUAUAAAGGUUACUACAAAAAAUACGAUCAUAGCAACAACUAUGGCAAAGAAAAUUCAAGUCUACGAAGACAAUCAGAAUAUACAUCCGAUGAAAAUUCAAAACGAAUUCAAAAUCAUUCUUACAAAAGUCGAAAAAAGAGAGAACAAGAUAAUUUAUUUAUAUCACAAUAUAUUAAAUCUAAUGAACUACAUACAACAUUAAAUGAUCAUCAAUUGUAUUUCCAUCAAAUUAAUAAAGAAAGGAAAUUAAAAUCAUUAGAAAUUUAUAAAAAAUAUUUAAAUAAUGAAAAAGAUAAUUAUCAUCUCAAAUCAAAUGUAAAUGAUUAUUAUAAUAAUUACAAUUAUGAAAUAAGAAAUAAAAAAAAAUUAAUAAGUCCAGUAAUACAAAAUAUAAAAGAUGAAAAUAAAUAUUUAUCUAUUGAACCAAGUAUUUCACCAAAAAAUAUUCAACCUGUAAAGAAACCACAUACUGUUAAAAAUGAAUUUAUUGAAAAAUAUGAUACAAAAGAUCAACUUAAAGAACCUAGUACAUCAAAAACUAAAAUAAUUAUACAAAAAUUACCAUUAAAUUAUAUGGAUUGUCCUAUAGAUUAUCUUAUUUUAUUAAUAUCAAGAAUGUUACUGUCUUUAAUUUCAUUAAAUGAUAAAUCUGUACCUACUUCUAUAUCAAAUCCUCCAACUUCAUCAAAUGGAAAUGCAUCUACUUCAAAUAACCUACUUACAAGAUAUCAUUCAAGAACUCCACCAGGUAUAUCAACUUUUACAUAUUUAACAAGAUUAACAAAAUUUAAUAAUUUUAAUUCAGCAAAUUUAUUAACAAUAAUAUAUUAUAUUGAUUUAUUAUCACAUCAAUAUCAACCAUUUUUUACAUUAAAUUCUUGGACAGUUCAUAGAUUUUUAUUAGUUGCAACAAUGAUUUCACAAAAAUGCAUAGAAGAUUUUUUUUAUACAAAUCUGCAUUAUGCAAAAGUUGGAGGUGUUGCAAUAAGUGAAUUAAAUUGUUUAGAAUUAGAUUUUUUAAAUAGAGUUGAUUGGAAAUUAAUACCAAGUAAACAAAAAAUUCUAAAAAAUCAAAAAAAUAAUACAAUAGUAAAUGAUAUAAGUGUUGCUAAUGAUGUUUUAAAUUUAUAUUAUUUUCAAUUAAUUGAAUUAAUGGGUAAAAAUAUUAUACAUGAUGAAAAAAAUUAUUUUGAAAUUAAUAAUUGUUUGAAUGAGAAUAAUGAUAAAAAUAUUGAUAAGAAAAAAAUAUUUUAUCAUUUUGUUAAAUUACAAGAUAAUGAUAAUUUAAAUGAUUUAAAAUCUAGAUCAAGUGAAGAAAAAUCAUCUGUUUAUUCUGAUGAUGAAAUCGAUGAAGAUGAAGAUGAAGAAGAAGAAGAAGGAUUUUAUGAUUCCGAUGAUGAUUCAGAUGUAGAAGAUGAUGAUGAAAAUAUGGAAGAUGAAUUUGGUGGUGAAUCAGAAGGAGAAGAAACAGAAAUUGAAAUUUCAAAUACAAAUUCAAAAGUACAAGAUAAAUAUUUAAAUUUACCUCAAAUUUCAAAACAAUUAUAUGAUAAAAAUGGAAAUAUAAUAAAUAAUUCUUCCUCACCACAUUUAAAACGAAGGUAUUCAAGUGAAUAA